AUUGGAAGACCCUCCUCCUCCUCUUUCCUCCCCAACAUCAGAGUUCAGAGCUUGAAGCACAUAACUGAAACAGAAUGAGCAAUUUGAGAGCCAAGUUCUUGGAGGUCUACUCUGUUUUGAAAUCUGAGCUCAUCAAUGACCCUGCUUUCGAAUUCACUGAUGUUUCUCGUCAGUGGAUCGAGCGAAUGCUGGACUACAACGUUCCAGGAGGAAAAUUGAAUCGUGGACUAUCCGUUGUUGACAGCUUCAAAUUACUUAAGGAAGGAAGGGAGCUAACAGAUGGUGAAGUGUUCGAGUCUUGUGCACUUGGUUGGUGUAUUGAAUGGCUUCAAGCAUAUUUUCUCGUUCUUGAUGAUAUUAUGGAUGGUUCUCAUACACGUAGGGGUCAGCCCUGCUGGUUCAGACAACCAAAGAUUGGCAUGAUUGCUGCAAAUGAUGGCAUCAUUCUUCGUAAUCAUAUUCCGAGGAUCCUCAAAAAGCAUUUUAGGGUGAAGCCGUACUAUGUGGAUCUGCUGGAGUUAUUUGAUGAGGUGGAAUUCCAAACUACCCAUGGACAAAUGAUUGAUCUAAUCACCACUCUUGAAGGAGAGAAAGAUCUAUCAAAGUAUUCCCUAGGGCUUCACCGACGCAUUGUUCAGUACAAAACUGCCUACUACUCAUUUUACCUUCCAGUUGCGUGCGCAUUGGUGAUGGCAGGAGAAAAUCUUGAAAGCCAUGCUGAUGUGAAGAAUGUUCUCAUUGAGAUGGGAACUUAUUUUCAAGUACAGGAUGAUUACUUGGAUUGUUUUGGUGAUCCUGAAGUGAUUGGAAAGGUUGGGACUGACAUUCAAGACUUCAAGUGCUCUUGGUUGGUUGUUAAAGCUUUAGAACUAUCCAAUGAGGAACAGAAGAAAAUAUUACAUGAGAACUAUGGGAAGGACGAUCAAGAGUGUAUUUCAAAAGUGAAAGAGCUGUACCAUGUCCUUGAUCUUCAGAGUGUUUUUGCUGAGUAUGAGAGCAGCAGUUACGACAAGAUUACAAAAUCAAUUGAAGCUCAUCCCAGUAAAGCGGUACAGGCUGUGUUGAAGUCAUUCUUGGGAAAGAUAUACAAGAGGCUGAAAUAGAGAGACAUACAAAAGUAGACCUGGCUCAUUUUCUAAUAACAGACUACGGAAAAAUAAAUAUAUAAGAAAGAGUGAAAUUUAUUUGUAUCCCCAUAUCUUUAUGUUUUCUGCUUAGGCUCUUAUGAACCAGCUAUGUUGGUUAGGCCUAACUUUGCUAAUUUGAGGGAACCAUUAAUGCAAUGCAUUACGUUAUAAGCCAAAGUUUGUAAUUCAAUUUCAUUGAAAAAAUUUCACAAUCAAAAAGACCAUUUCGGUU